AUGUUUAGGAUCUUGACGUUUAUGGGCUUAUUUGAAAGUUAUGCUCAAAUUCAACCUGCCGACCAAUCCAAAGUUGACCAUGGCAUCGGUAACUACAGGGCCGAGAGAGAUUCCACCUCAAGAAAGAAGCAGGAAGAUCUUGAAGCGUCUUGUUUAAAGCGGGACGGGUACCGCUGUGUACUUAGAGGGGCUUAUCAGGAACAGUACUUCAUGACCCAACUGUCCGCACAUGAGAAGACGAGACAGUAUUGGGAGGAGCACACUGUGGCACACAUAUUGCCACACGUACUUGGGGAAUUUGACGAGAAAAACGUUGAAGAGAAUGGCUGUAACAUGAUGGGCUUUUUGGCGUUAUUUGGCAUCAUCAAUCCCUAA